AUGAUGCCGGAUAUCUUUUACAACGAGGAGAAAUACACAGACGACAGACUUCUAAACAUAUUUGCCUCAAAUUUUGAAGACAUCAUACUAAAAUAUGAUGUAAAAAAACUUGAUUCGGUUGACUUGGUGUUUCUUCCGAUACUUCAAGGUGACCACUUCUAUGUCUUGUGCUUCCACUUGAAAACCGGCAAAAUUGAGCUGAUUGACAAUUCAGCCGCUGAACAAGAGUUUAAGGACAGAUACAAGGGGCUUCCAAACACACUGAGAAGGGUUUUGGUUUUAUACCUAAAAGAGGCUUUAAAACCAACACCAGCUAUAGAAGAACUUGGAACAUCAGAGAUAGAAAGAAAAGAAAUGGAUUGGAGGACGGAGAAUAACGGCGUAGACUGUGGAGUGUUUACGAUGCGUCACAUGGAAACAUACAAAGGAGAGAAAACACCAUGGGUGACUGGGUUUGUGAAAGAAAAUGAAGCAAAUGUUUCCGAUAAAAGGCCAAACAAAGAAAAGUAUAUGGAAAAUUUGGAGAAAAUAAUCCCAGAUAGGUUGAGUGCAUUUAUUGGAAAGGACUAG